CUGGAGGAGCUGCACAGCAGCCGGGGCAAGUUCUGUGACGACCUGAGGAACAACCAGAGCGAGAUCGCGGAGCUGAACAGGAUGAUCCAGAAGCUGCAGUGCGAGUCAGACAACGUGAAGAAACAGAUCUCGGCCCUGCAAACAGCCAUCUGCGAUGCGGAGCAGCGCGGCGACUGCGCCCUCAAGGACGCGCGGCAGAAGCUGGUGGACCUGCAGACGGCCCUGCAGCAGGCCAAGGACAAGAUGGCCUGUCUGCUCAGGGACUACCAGGAGCUGCUCAACGUCAAGCUGGCCCUGGACAUCGAGAUCGCCACGUACAGGACGCUGCUGGAGGGAGAGGAGAGCAGGAUAUGCACAGGCAACCCCGUGAGCGUAGCCGUGGUGAGCGGCGGUGGCACGGUCGGGGAGUGCCGCUCGCUGUCGGGACUCGCCGGGAAAUGCUCCGUCAAGGCCGGCGGGGCGGGCGCGGGGCUGGGGCUGGGGCUGGGGCUGGGCCCGUCCUUCGCGGUGGGCACGGCGGGGUUCAGCGCCCGCAGCGUGGACUGCCUGCCCAAGGCGGGCGGCGGCUUCGGGGCCCGCAGCGCCGCGGGCUGCGUGGGCAGGGAGGUGAUGCCCGGCGUGGAGAGCGUCCAGUGCGCGCCCGCCGUGGGCAACCUGGGCAACCUGGGCAACCUGGGCAACCUGGGCGGCGUGGUGUGCGCCGGGGUGGAGCAGUGCGGGCCCGGCGCCGUCCUGCUGCCCGGCGCGGGGGUGUGCGGGGCGGGCAGCAGGUUCGGCACGGCCGUGCGCGUCGUCAGAACGACCCGGUAGAGAGACACCCCCCCUACCACCACCACCCCCGGCGCGUCGCCGUUGGAAAAAGUAACCAGCAUUUCUGCAGGAAAAAAAGAAAAAACAGUGUUCCCCCUCUCCCUGUCCCCCUUUCCCCGACAGCUCCGGGCAUCACGCACCGUGCGCUCUGCGGGGCGCUCUGCCACAAACUCUCUGCAGGACCAAAAACCCGCCCUCCCUCUCGUGUCCUUAGUGCGGGAAAGUCCCCCCCAGACCCCCCUUCCCCCGCGCCCUCAGCCGGGUGAGGUUUUCAUUUCAGAGCCCAUCCCUGUGUCCACGCAUCACCUCGGCUCCCGAGCGGCCCUGCCCUCCCUGACCCCUUCCCAGCGGGGACUUUCUUUCCCCGACGCAGCUCUUGCAAAAGGAUGAGAAAUUUGCUCAUCCCGACUUCAGAGAGAGAAGCCACAGUUUAAUUGUCCGAGACGAAGCUGCAGCUGUAAUUUAACUCCUUUAAUGACAGCAGAAAAGCCAAUUUUUCCUGUUUACCGGAGGGUUGGUAACACUUAUGUAAAUUGGUCCGAGUUGCUACACCGGGUUUGGCGGAGCAGAGUUUAAUUACAGCCCGACGAGCACCUUAUAUUUCUGUAGGUUAAUGCAUGAGUUGUUUUUCCUGUGUGUACCAGACAGAUUUAAAGCUUUUCAUGUGUAAGUGAACAGAGUUGAUUACCCUUCGCUUACUCCAGCCUUUCAGCUGUGCCUUCAAUAAACUACAUGCAUAAUUCAUGCUGGGCUUGAUUUCCCUCCUCGGGAUUACAAAUUUCCUCAGACCCGAGUCUCCAAAGGGGUGGGGUUUGGAGCUUCAAGAAGCGGAGUUUUAAUCAAGUUUUUGUCUGGUCUCCUUCCCGAGG